ACCUGAGACUUGAAAAUGCACUGAGUCUCAAUCAAUUUCCAUAAUCGCGUGCCCCCAAGGGCACGCACCAACAAGCUACUCAUGUGGUAGCGCCAGUACCACGUCUAUGGUUCAUGCGAGUUUAUUGCAUAUCAUAUGGGACACCCAGGCUCCCACGAUCGCUACCCUGCUAGAGCAGUUUUAAAAUUCUCGAUGCAGCGCACUAACUCUGGUCAAUAUACAUAUGAAUCAUUGACCCGAACCCCUGCCGUAUUUCUUUUUUCCCCUCAGCUUCAACCCCUGUCGGUGGCUACUUUUGACACCUGCACCAUUCAACGCCGGCUCGCAUGGCGCGUUUGAUCUAGAAAGUACGGCCAUUCAAAGAUAAUGGCUAUCAAAGUACCUCCUGGACAAUCGCCGCCAUUCGAAACGGUUGAUGCUGACCACCAUGCUGGAAUUAUCAUUAUAGUCUCCGCUAUUUGUCUGGUGUUGUCCUUGGUGUGUCUGCUAAUCCGGCUCUACGUCCGGUUCUUGCUUAGCCCACCGUUCGGGAUCGACGAUGUGAUUCUUCUGGGAGCGACUGUUUCCGCAAUUGUGGAGUCGAUUAUUGUUUUCCAUGCCGCAUCCAUGGGAUUCGGAACGGCGAUCCGCCUCCUUGACGAUCAUGUCGUCAGGAGUAUCCAAAACUCAAUUGUCGCGAGUGAUGUUUUUUACCUCAUUACGUUGUACCUUUCAAGAUGCUGCGUCGUGGCCAUUUAUUCGAGAUUGACACCUCGGAGAAGACACAAAAAUACCUUAUGGGGAAUCCUUGCAUUCGCAACGGCAGGAAUAGUUAUCUCCAUCCUUGUGAUCACGAUUGAUUGUUCACUUAAUAAACCGUGGGUGACUCCUGGCGAACAUUGCACCAGCCUGUUUGCACGAUGGCAAUUCAUCACGGCGAUUGACAUCACUACCGAAGUCGCCUUAUUUAUCUUUUCGAUAGUCUUAAUAUACGGGCUCCAAAUGGCCAUCAAGCCGAAGUUAGUGAUCAUGAUGGCCUUCGCCUCCAGAAUUCCGCUCGUUGCCUUCGAAGCCGUACGACUCUCUGAAUUUCAUUCAUUUACCUCCUCUCGGAAUCCUACCUUCGAUGCCAUUAACCAUUACACCUGGACGCAAGUCGCCCUAAACUACUCCUUAAUUGCCUGUACGGCCUUCUGUCUUCGUCCAUUUAUGAACGCCGUCACGACGUCCUACGGUACCGCCGGUGACUCCAACCUCAGCACUAGUCGGAGUUACCCCUACGCGUCAGAUCGUGGUCGCAGCAACCAAGGCAGCUACGCACUACAGUCGCUUCAGAAUCGAUCCGUUGUUGCGCCCGAGCCAGAUCCAUUCCGGCCGAAGGUUGGAGCCGGAGAGACGACGGUUACAUCUGCUCAACCUGGCUCAUCGACCGGUGGCCAUUCAGAUCGUGAUGAUCGAAAUAGUAUUGGGAGUGAGGGGAGUACUAAGAUGAUCAUCAAGAAGGAUGUGGAAUAUACGGUGCAUCACUCUCCGAACCCCAACUGCUAGAGUCGAUCUUCCUCUCUUUUGACCUUUUCCUUAUGUACAAACUUUCAUAGAAUAGAAACUUGUAUAGAUGCAUGCAUGGAUAACAUAAUAGCCAUGCCGAACGAUCUUAUGAAUAUAAAC